AUGCUAUUUCUAUUUUGUGUCAUAUUGGACAUUUCAAAUAGUUUAAUGCCAAUGCCAAAAUCAUUUUAAAAGGGUGAUUAACUUGUUAAAAUUUAGAAUAAAUGUUCUAUUAAAUAUCAAGCUAAUCAUGAUCAAUAUCCAGAUUUCAUAAUUGAGUUACUUUAACAUUUCCAUUCACUAAUGACUCAUAAUCAAUGUAAUUUUUAAUAAUCAUUUGAAUUUACUAAUGAUAUGGAUGUUAUGAAGAUAUAUAUGAAUAUUAAUUCCUUAGAAUAAUUGUAUGGAAUUGAUGAUACUCAAUAAGAAUCAUACAGAUUAUAGAUAGAUAAUCAAUUAAAUGUUAUCAUUUAAGUCAAUAAUCAUUGGGGUUUGGUUAGGGCAUUAAAUACUUUGAAUUAAUUAAGUGAAAAAGGAGAGAUUAAUAAUCUUCCUUUAACUAUUGAAGAUGAGCCCACUUACAGUUAUAGAGGAAUUUUGAUUGAUAGUGCAAGACAUUUUCUAUCAGUUGAAUUAAUUGAGAGGACUAUUGAUUCCUUAGUAAUGAAUUCUAUGAAUACAAUUCAUUGGCAUAUUACAGAUGAUGAAAGUUUUCCUUUACUUUUAACAGAAUAUCCAUAGAUUACACAUUCUACUAAAUAUUCUGAGAAUUCAUUUUAUACAAUUAAUGAUACUACAAGAAUAGUAGAAUAUGCAUCAAAGAGAGGAGUUUAAAUAAUUCCUAGUUUUGAUAGUCCAAUGCAUGCUAUGAGUUGGGGUAUGACUAAAGAAUUAGCUGAUAUUAUGAUGAUGUGUGGAAAUACUAUAAAAUAAUAUGGUAUACUUGAUCCAACACUAGAAAAGACAUAUCAAGUUCUUGAAUCAAUAUUAAAAGAUUUUUAUUAAAUGUUCAAAAAGGUGAAAUUUGUUAAUUUUGCAGGUGAUGAGGUUAGUAAGACAUGUUGGGAUCAAAGACCUGAAAUAAAAUAAUUUAUGGUAGAAAAUAAUAUUAAAGAUUAUUAUGAAUUAUAAUCAUAUUAUCGAAAAAGAUAAAAGUAAUUAUGGAAAGAAGUUAUAAAAGCUGAAUAAGAUAUAAUUUAUUUAUAUAGAUAAGAAGACAAUUUACCACUUGAUAAAGAAGAUAUUAUACAUUGGUGGGGAUAUACAGAUUAAUUGCCUGAUGUUGCUGAUAAACCAAAUAGAAUUAUAUUAAUGGAUUAUUUUCCAUUAUUUAUAGAUGCUGGAUUUGGAAAUGCAUUUGGAAAUCCAUAUUCAGUUUACCAUACAUGGAAAGAGAUCUAUAAAUGGACUCCAUCUCUACCUGAAGGUUCAUUGAAUACAAUCAUUGGAGGAGAAGUACCAUUGUGGGGAGAAACAAAUAAUCAAAAUACACAUUUUAAUAAAUUAUAUAUGAGAACAUCUGUUAUUGCAGAGACGUAAUUUAAUAUUAUAAUUAUUAAGUUUAUGGAAUCCAAAAUUGAAGGAAACAGAAAAAUUCUCAUCUUUUGUUAAACGUUUAAUAGAAAUGGAAGAUAGGAUGACUAAAUAAGGAUUUGCUGUUACUCCUGUUACUCAUGGAUAUUGUAGAAAAAAUACAGAACUUUGUUUUCCAGUCUUAAGUGAGAAUUAAGUAUAAGUUUAAAUCGAUUGA